AUGCGGCCCGCCAAAAAUCUAUGCGACUCGCCAAAGAGUUCAUGCGGCCCGCCAAAAAUUCAUGCUUUACUCGCCAAAAGAAUUCAUGCGGCUCAUAAAGAAUUCAUGCGACUCGCCAAAAGGAAUUCAUGCGACUCGCGAAAAAAAUUCAUGCGACUCGUCAAAAAAGAAAUUCAUGCGACUCGCCAAAAGAAUUCAUGCGACUCGCCAAAGAAUUCAUGCAGCCCGCUGAAAAAAUUCAUGCGGCCCGUCAAAAGAAUUCAGUGUGACCUCGCCAAAAAUUCAUGUGACUCGAUAAAGAUUCGCCGACUCGCGAAAAAGAAUUUGCGCACUGCCAAAGAAUUCACGACUCUCCAAAAAGUUCAUGCAGCCCGCAAAAGAAUUCAUGCGGCCCGCCGAAAAAUUCACGUGAGUCGGCAAAAGAGUUCGCGCGACCGCCAAAAGAAUCAUGCGACUCGCCAAAAAGAAUUCAGACUCGCCAAAAGAGUUCAUGCGGCUCGCCAAAAGAAUUCAUGCAAAUCGCCAAUAGAAUUCAUGCGACCGCGAAAAGAAUUCAUACGACUCGCCAAAAAAAAAUUCGCGGCCGCCAAAAGAAUCUGCGUGACUCGCCAAAAAGAAUUCAUGCGACCCGCCAAAAGAAUUCAUGCGAAUCGCCAAAAAAAGUUCGCGGCCUGCCAAAAGAAUUCAUGCGACUCGCCAAAAAGAGUUCAUGCGGCCCGCCAAAAGAAUUCAGCGUAUGCGACUCGCCAAAAAAAGAGUUCAUGCGGCCCGCCAAAAGAAUUCAUGCGACCUCGCCAAAAAGAUUCAUGCGACUCGCCAAAAAAGAAAUUCAUGCGACCGCCAAAAGAGUUCGCGCUACUCGCCAAAAUUCAUACGACUCGCCAAAAGAGUUCUCGCCAAAAAGUGGCGACUCGCCAAAAAGAAUUCAUGACUCGCCAAAAAGAAUUCAUGGGACUCGCCAAAGAGUUCAUGCGGCCGCCAAAAAAUUCAUGCGAUCGCCAAAGAUUCAUGCGGGUCGGCAAAGGAAUUCAUGGACCAUAA